UCGUCCUACCUGGUCACACUCUCCGUACAACAAAAAAUAGUCAAUAAAAAUAAAUUAGAUCAAAUUGGCGAAUUAAACUAUAUUAGGCGCGUCGCGACAGAGAAAUCAUCGUGGGGCGUUAAAUAGUGAUGCCGUGAGGAAUGGCGGCAGUGCGUCCCGUGGAAAAAGGCCGCCGCGCAACAUUGUUCCUGCAGAAAUGUGCGCCCUAGUGCAUGUGCAUUGCGACUAAUCCAAAGAGUCCCACGGGUCAUAACGCAUUUAACCACUAAACCAGCUGACAGUUAGAGAUCCCCAUCUGCCCGAGAGCCUGCCCCUCUCCCAUUUCCCCCCACCCAAUCAUGGACGAGGAUAUUCUGAAUGCCGUGGAGUCCAUGUUCGGCAAGGACGUCAAGAUUGUGGACUGUGAGACGUCCACGUCACUGCAGCAGGAGGAGGUGCUGCUGGUCAACGGUGUGCCCGUCAAGCUAGACGGCCUCCCAGCGGAUGAUGCUAGUGCCAUCAAGGCGGCCCUGCUGGAGGGACAAAUGCCCUCCGUGGAGCAUCUCAACCAACUACUCUUUCGUGCCGGCUUGGCCCAGCAGCCCAUCGAGGUGGAGACCUCGCUGACGGUGAAGUCUUCGCUGACCACCACAGAAGAGGUGCUAGUCUCGCGCAAUGGCCAGAUCCUGGACGAGCGGACAGUGGAAACCAAGGAAAACUUUAACCAUCAGUCGCACCAGAAGGAAAUCUGGCAUCCCGUCAAGCAACAGCAGCAGUCAGCUUUGGCUAGGGCCACCCCGGAGAAUGCCUUAAAAUACCGAUCCACUUCGAAUUCCACGUUCGCCUCGGACGAUCAUCGCCCGUCCGAUCCGCUGGGUCGCCAGCUGAAUCAAACCUUCUCGAAUGCUUCCCUCAUGUCCAGCAGCUCGGCCAUCACGGGGUCCGAUCAAGUGAUAGGCUCUGCUUCAUCCACCACCAUUGGGGACAAGAGCUCGAAUAUAAGUAGCUGCGACUCCGGGCACGAUGGCCUCUUCCACAGCGUGUCGAUGAGUGCGCCAUGGUCACAUCCAAGAGACACCCUUACCGACUCAAUGUACUGCGACAUUCCCAGCUCUGCAGACGAGGCGGAUGCGGUUUCUAUACUGAACACCAAUUUGCAGAUCACAGAGCCAAACGAUUGCCUUCAGUCGCCAGUUUACGCCAAAGACAUGCCCAAAAGCGGCAGCCUGGACUCGCUAGUCAGCCUGCUAAUUGCUGGCCAGGAUGAGGAGGUGGCCUUUGCCCUCUUCACCUGCUUCCGUUUGUUUCUGCCAGCCCAGGAUCUGCUAGCCAGACUCGUUGACAAGUGCCAAGACAAAGAGGAUGUCCUAAUCCGCCUACUCAAGCACUGGCUCAGCAUUUGUCCCGCUGACUUUAACCAGGAGUUGCUGCUGCAGAAGCUGGAGAAGAAGCCCGGCUUAAAGGCUUUUCUGGACGGAAUACCUCAAUCUCAGGCCCAAAGGCAGGCCAAGUCGCAUAACCAACUGCAGUAUCUGCUGGCCAAGCAGUCUUCGGCCAGCUCCCUGGGCCGUCAGAGCAGCAUUAAGUCACUAAAGCGAUUUGUCUACAAGACAGACAAUGUGGCCAACAGCUGUGGUAGUGCCUUCGAGUUGGCCCACCAACUGUAUGCCAUAGAGUAUGCCUAUCUGUCGCAGAUACGCCUGGAGGAGUUUGUGGAAAUGCUGGGCAAGAACGAACUAAAGACCUGCCUGAGCCAGACCAAGGCGGGCACCUUGGGUACAAGCCAGGUGACCAUCGACAGCUAUGUGCAGUGGUUCAAUCAACUCAGCAGCUUGACAGCCACGGAGAUCCUAAAGCUGGGCAAAAAGUCGCAGAGGGCACAAAUGAUUGAUUUCUGGGUGGAUACUGCCUUGGAGUGCUUCAACACGGGCAAUUUCAACAGCUUGAUGGCCAUACUGACGGCUUUAAACCUCACGGCCAUAGCUAGACUCAAGAAGACAUGGGGCAAGGUGCAGACAACCAAGUUCGAGGGACUGGAACAUCAAAUGGAUCCCAGUUCGAAUUUUCUCAACUACCGCUCUACCAUGAAGGCAGCUAUUUGGCGUUCGGAACGCGAGAUGGCCAACAAAAUUGAGCGUGCCAUCAUACCCUUUUUCUCUUUAUUUCUCAAGGACUUGCAUGCCAUCAAUGAGAGUCAUGAAACCAAACUCUCCAACGGCCAGCUAAACUUUGAGAAAUUUAGUCUCUUGGGCUUCCAUUUGCGUAACUUUAGCCAGUGGCAAAGUCUGGACUGUCCCUACGAGCAGGUGUCUAGUGUGGUGGCCUACCUACUCAAGGCAGAGGUGCUAUCAGAGGAUCAGCUAAUGAAGGCCUCCUACGACUGCGAGCCACCUGAAAAUGGCGGGGAGAAGGAUCACUACAAGACGCUGAAGGCAGCCAAGAAGGCGUAAUCAUAACGACAAUCCUCGGGAUAGUGCAAAAACACACAGAAUUAUUAAUAAUAAUAAUAAUAAGCAAUGCAUUAGGCCUCGCACACACACAGUUACACAAACAUUUUGCAUAAAAAAACAAUAACAAUAACCACCACCAGUUGUGUUUGUUGAUUUUCUUUUGUACUUAAGCUUAGCAUAUAUUUAUUUGCAAAACGAUUUAUAUUUACCUACGAACGACGGGCAUUUAAUUAGAAACACCAAAAAUAUUACGCAUACAAUAAUUACUAAUUAGUAAUCUUUUAAAUGUUGUAUUUUAGCAGUUAAAUAUCCCGAAAAAAACAAAUAAAACCUAAAGACUUUACUUCCAA